AUGUUGAACGUCUGCAGGCUGUUUUUGGUGAUGGGGAUGCUGCUGUGUCUAAGUGCACAGUUUGCCCUCUCUCAGCACUGGUCUCAUGGCUGGUAUCCUGGAGGAAAGAGAGAGAUUGAUGCUUACGACGCCUCAGAGGUUUCAGAUGAAAUUAAACUCUGUGAAGCAGGAAAAUGCAGCUUUUUGAGACCUAACGGAAGAAACAUACUAAAGACAUUACUGCUGGACGCCCUAAUAAGGGAUUUUCAGAAAAGAAAGUGACACAAACACAAUGCACUACUAUGUGUCCAAAGAAAUGUGUUUUCCAGCAAAGCCCAUG